AUGGCGCCCGACCUCGACCGGUACGAGCGCGACAAGAUGGCCGCCGUCGAGCGCGCCGCCGCGUCGGGCGGCCUCGACAUUGUCGAGACGGAGGACGGCGAGCUCAUCGCCGUCGACAAGGACGGGUCGUUCUACUCGACGGCCGACUCGACGGGCUUUGCCCAGAACAAGCCCGACAAGGCCAACAUUGACCGCCUCGUCGACGACCUGCGCCAGGCCGAGGAGGCGCGCCUCAAGAAGCGCAAGGACAGGAUGGCGCAGAGCGGCGACGACGGCGACGUCACGUACAUCAACGAGAAGAACAAGCAGUUCAACUCGAAGCUGUCGCGGUUCUACAACAAGUACACGGCCGAGAUCCGGGACAGCUUCGAGCGGGGGACCAUGAUUUAG